AUGAAUAACACUUAGAUCACUGAUUCUUCUCUUCUUACUUUGAAAAGAGAAAUGUUUAGGAAUAAAAUUAGAAGGGAAUUAUUGGAGAAAAAGUUUAAAUACAAAAGAGCAAUGAAAAUGAAAGUUGUGUUUGAUUAAAUAGGGAAAAUUUAGGAAAUUAAGAAUAAUAAUAAAGACUCAGAUUAAGAUCAAUAUUAGAUCUCUGAAGAAAGUAAUGAUUAUUUUGCUGUAUUUUAAAUUGGGAGAGGAAGCAAAAGACAAAUAUUAACAUACAAAAUAUUAAAAUCAAUGAAAUUUUACUUAUAGAAAAAUACUAAUUAUUAAACUUAAAUGUUUAAAGUGUUUCAUUUUUGUGAAGAAUAGCUUUUAAAUUCUAAAUUAGAAAAUACAGAAUAUAUACCUCUUCUUGCUGAGAUAAUAUUUUUAUUAUAAAAUUAUUCAAAUAAAAUUGAGCCAUAAGUAAUUAUAAUUUAUAAUAUGUUUAGCCUAUAGUUGUAUUACUUAGAGCCUUCAUUAAACAUUAGGAAUAUAGUAUAUUAUAAUAUAUAUAAUCAUUAAUUUUACAUGAUGAAACUUUAAUUGAAUAGAUAGAAGAAUUUUGUUAAAUUAGAGAAGAUAAUAAUUUGAUAAAAUUAUUAUGUGAGAAAAUCACAUAUGUAAAAAGUAUUAUAUAUAAAUUUAUAGGCAAACCUUAAAAUGAUAUUGUUUUUAUUUAAUACUAUAAAAAAUAAGGAUGUACUUUAACUAUUUGAAUUGUAUGGUUUGAAGUAAGUAUUAGCAAAAAAUGUAAAUAAUGAAAACUAUGGAAAAUUGAUAAAUAAGAUCCUUUUGACGACUGGUUGUAUAGAUGAAUAAAACGAAUCAGAAAAUUAAAGUUAUUAAAUUUUUGCGGACGUAUAUAACGUUUAUUGA